AGCAUGUGUGUCCUAACCAACUUUACUAUGCUUUGCAAGAAAGGAAAACCCCACUGGCUACUUCCUGUUUUCUGUAUUGUCUCCUCUGGCUGAACAAAGAAGUUUGGAUCAACACAAACAGCCUUCUGUCAAACUUAACGCAGAGAAAGGACUUUUCUAAAUGACUCUCCUUCAUCCUUCAAGAGGAAGGCAACUGAAUUGCUUGAUCAGCACUGGCUUCAUGGGAAGGAGAAGUCUUUGGCAUUCCCAUUUGGAAAAAAAGAUAUCUUCUACUGAGAUCUAGAAAAGUGGAGAGCUUUGAUUCAGAACAAUGAACUUCAUAAAGGAAAACAGUCAAGCCCUUAUUCAAAGGAUGAACAUCACAGUUACGAAGCAAAUCUCAGAUGAGCUUUUCGUAUGGAACGUUCUCAACUGUGAAGAAAUGGCCAACGUUUGCUGUGAGAAGGUAGAGCAGGAUGCCGCUCGAGCGAUCGUUCACAUGAUUCUGAAGAAGGGUCCAGAGGCCUGCAGCCUCUUCCUGAAGUGUCUCGAGAAGUGCGACUAUGCUGUGUAUCAGGACUUAACCGGACAAAGUAUUUUUCAUCAGAGCACAGAGGAAGACUUGGAUAUCUUGGCUCAGAAUUUAAAAUACUUAUACAACAGCCCCGCCUUUCUGAAUUUCUAUCCUCUGGGUAGAGACAUUGACAUCAUUUUUAAUCUGAAGAUCACCUUCACAGAACCCGUCCUGUGGAGGAAGGACCAUCGUCAUCAUCGAGUGGAGCGGCUCACCCUGGGCAGUCUGCUGGAGGCUCUUCAGAGCCCCUGCCUCAUCGAAGGGGAGUCUGGCAAAGGGAAGUCCACCCUGCUGCAGAGAAUUGCCAUGCUCUGGGCCUCUGGGGAGUGCAAGGCUCUGAACAGGUUCAGGUUAGUCUUCUUUGUCCGCCUGAGCAGCGCAGAGCGCGGGCUGCUUGAAACCGUGUGUGAUCAGCUCCUGGAUGUACCCGACUCCAUUAGCAAGCGAGGGUUCAUGGCUAUGCUGAUGAGACUGCAGCAGGAAGUCCUCUUUCUCCUUGAUGGUUACAAUGAAUUCCAGCCCCAGAAAUGCCCAGAAAUCGAAGACCUGAUAAAGCAGAACCAUCGUUUCAAGAACACGGUCAUUGUCACGACCACCACCGAGUGCCUGCGACACAUCAGGCACGUUGGCGCCCUGACUGCGGAGGUGGGGGAUAUGACAGAAGACAGCGCCCAGGUUCUCAUUCGAGAAGUGCUGAUCAAGGAGCUGGCUGAGGGCCUGCUCCUCCAGAUCCAGGUGUCCAAGUGCCUGAGGAAUCUGAUGAAGACCCCUCUCUUCGUGGUGAUCACCUGUGCAAUCCAGAUGGGCAGGAAGGAGUUCAAAGAUUACACCCAAACCACGUUGUUCCGAACCCUCUACGACCUCCUGAUAAAGAAAAACAAGCACAGACACCAGGGCGGGACUGAGGGUGACUUUCUCAGGAGCCUGGACCGCUGCGGAGACCUGGCACUGGAAGGCGUGUUCUCCCACAGGUUUGCUUUUGAACCUGAGGACCUGUCCAGCAUGAACGAGGACGUCCUGGUGACGACUGGGCUCCUCUGUAAGUACACAGCUCAGAGGCUGACACCCAAGUAUAAAUUCUUUCAUAAAUCCUUCCAGGAGUACACAGCGGGACGAAGACUUAGCAGUUUGUUGAUUUCCAGAGAACCAGAGGAGGUGAGCAAGGGGAAUGACUACUUGAAGAAAAUGGUUUCCAUCUCGGACAUCACAUCUCUGUAUGGCAAUCUGCUCCUGUAUACAUGCGGCUCAUCCCCAGAGGCAACCAGAGCUGUCAUGAGGCACCUUGCGUUGGUGGAGGAGCAUGGCAGCUUACAAGGACUUUCUGUCACCAAGAGGCCCCUCUGGAGGCAGGAAUCUGUACAGAGCAUGAGAAACACCACCGAGCAAGAUGAUCUGAAAGUCAUCAACAUAAAUUCUUUUGUAGAGUGUGGCAUCAACCUAUUCUUGGAGAGCGUAUCUGAGUCAGCCCUGAGUCAAGAAUUUGAAGCUUUCUUUAGUGGUAAAAGUUUGCACAUAGACUCAGAGAGCAUCCCUGACUACUUAUUUGACUUCUUUGAACACUUGCCUAACUGUGUAAGCGCCCUGGACUUCGUCAAGCUCAUCUUCCAUGGGAGAGCCUCUGUUUCACAGGACAAAGCCGCGGAGAGCAGUCCUGGAGUCUGCAUGGAAGGCCCCCCUGAAACCUACAUUCCCAGCAGGGCUGUGUCUUUGUUCUUCAACUGGAAGCAGGAAUUCAGGACUCUAGAUGUCACACUCCGGAAUAUCAGCAAGCUGGACAAACAAGAUAUCAAGUAUCUGGGGAAGAUAUUCAGCUCCGCCACAAACCUCCGGCUGCACAUCAAGAGAUGCGCGGCUGUGGCUGGAAGCCUCAGCGCUGUCCUCAGGACCUGUAAGAACAUCCACUCCCUCGUGGUGGAAGCCAGUCCCCUGACCAGAGACGAUGAGCAGCACAUCGCCUCUGUGACAACCCUGCGGAACCUGAACAUUUGCCACCUGCAGACCGCACGGCUGCCAGGCGGUCUGAUUGACAACUUGGGUAAUCUGAAGAACCUCGUGAAGCUCGUCCUGGAAAACAUUAGGAUGAACGAGGAAGAUGCUAAAAACCUAGCCAAAGGCCUGGGAACCCUAAAGAGGAUUCGCUUAUGUCAUCUGAUUAAUUUGUCUGACCUUGGGGAGGGGAUGGAUUCCGUAAUUGAGUCUCUGUCGGGAGAACCCUGUGACCUACAAGAGAUGAAGUUGGUGGCCUGCUGUCUGACGGCAAAUUCGGUGAAAACUCUAGCACAGAAUCUUCACAAUUUGGUUAAACUGAACAUUCUUGACAUAUCAGAAAAUUAUCUGGAAAAGGACGGAGAUGAAGCUGUGCAGGAACUGAUUGGCAGGCUCAGCGUUCUGGAACGGCUAACCACAUUGAUGCUGCCUUGGUGCAGCAAUGUGUUCCUCUGCCUCCCCAACCUGUUGAAGCAACUGGAGCUGGUCCCAGGGCUUCUCAAGCUCGGAUUGAAAAACUGGAAACUCAUGGAUGCAGAGAUUAGAAGUUUAGGUGCAUUUUUGGAGACAAAUCCUCUGAGAGACUUGCAGCAGUUGGAUUUAGCCGGAAAUUGUGUGAGCAGUGAUGGAUGGCUUUCCUUCAUGAAUGCAUUUGAGGACCUUAAACAAUUAGUAUUUUUUGACUUUAGUACUAAAGAUUUUUUACCAGAUGCAUCACUGGUGAGAAAACUUAGUCAAGUGUUAUCGAAAUUAACUUUUCUGCAAGAAGCUAGGCUCAUUGGGUGGGAGUUUGAUGACUAUGACAUUAGUGUCAUUAAAGGCACCUUUAAGCUAGUAAUUAAAGGUACCCAAAGCCAAGUACUGUAGAGACUCCAUUACUUUCAAUGGAUCAUUGAAAAUCUUGGAGAAGGGGGCUGGGGAAGAUGGCCCAGUGGUUAGAAGCACCAGCUGCUCUCCCAGAGGACCUGGGUUCGGUUCCCAGCACUCACAAGGUGGCUCCCAACCAUCUGUACCUCCGGCUCCAGGAGAUCCAACACCAUCUUCUACCUCCAUGGGUACCAGGCAGGCAAGUGGUUCACGUAAACAUGAAGCAAAAACGCUCAUACAUGUAAAAUAAAAUUUAAAAAUACUUAAGGAAGUCAAACAUGACAAAGGUGAAGGGGUUUGAGAAACACAUUUGGCCUCAUCUCUUCGACUGUUGUUCACGUUUGUGUUACUUGGCCCUAACAAUACUGGGUCACAACAACUUGAUGUACUGUGCUCCUCUGUACUGAGUACAACACCUGGUCUAUACAGACUCAAUGAGUACUGGAUGAAUGUGUGACAACUAAAUUACUAAUAAAUAAGCUAAAAGUGUCUAGAGAACAAA